AUGGAGGAAGCAAUAGGUUUGAACUUGGAAGGCGUGAAAAAGAAAAUUUAUCAUGGAGGAACAGGAGACCUACCUAAAUUCAUCACUGGAUCAAAGGUGACAUUCCAUUUUCAAACUUUAAAAUGUGACAGCGAAAGAACAGUAAUUGAUGACAGCAAGAAAGUUGGCGUCCCGAUGGAAAUCAUUAUUGGAAACAUGUUUAAGCUGGAAGUGUGGGAGAUGCUGCUCGCGUCAAUGAGGAUCGGUGAGGUGUCCGAAUUUUGGUGUGACGUCACACACACUGGUUUAUAUCCACUGGUCUCCAAGAGCUUGCGACUUAUUGCAGAAGGAAAGGACCCCACAGACUGGCAUAUGCAUACUUGUGGGCUGGCGAACAUGUUUGCCUACCAUACAUUGGGUUACGAAGACCUGGAUGAGCUACAGAAAGAGCCUCAGCCUCUUAUAUUUGUCAUUGAACUGUUAAAGGUGGAAUCUCCCAGCACUUAUAAACGAGAGUCCUGGGCACUGAAUAAUGAUGAAAAGCUGAAAGCUGUCCCUAUCCUACAUGGUGAAGGAAACAGGCUGUUCAAGCUGGGACGCUAUGAAGACGCAACCAACAAGUACAGGGAAGCAGUCAUCUGCCUAAAAAAUAUUCAGACCAAGGAGAAGCCCUGGGAGGUGCCUUGGAUGAAACUGGAAAAGAUGAUCAACACUCUGAUUCUGAACUACUGCCAGUGCCUGCUUCGCAUGGAGGAGUAUUAUGAAGUUCUGGAACAUACAACUGACCUAAUCCAGCACCACCCAGGGUUGGCGAAGGCUUAUUACAUUCGGGGUAAAGCCAAUGCUGAAGUUUGGAAUGAAACAGAAGCAAAGAAAGAUUUUGAGAAAGUAAUAGAAAUGGACCCAACUAUGAAGCGUCAAGUCAAGAAAGAAAUUAGCAUGCUGGAGACAAGGAUGCAAGAUAAGGAAGAGGAGGAUAAACUGAAAUACAGGAAUCUCUUUCCAUAGGAAAGGGAUGGGGGUGGGGGGUAACUACAUGAGUUUUCCUCUAGGAAUGUCAUUGGUAAACAAACCAAUAUCUACACUGAGAAUAGUCUGUCAUCCUGGCUUUGAAAGGGGAUAUGAAUAUUGUACUGUAACUAAAAAACAUUUAUUUUUACCUGCUGUAUGCAAGAAUAGUUGGUCAGUUACUUUUUCAUUUAUGGAACUAUUCAUCUUUCAAACUGCCCUUGAUAUCCCUGGACUCCUGCUGUUACACUACUGUAUACUAUGGUACAUUUCUUAAACUGCUUUGAAAAAACUACUGACAUGUGUAAAACAUAGGUAAAAUAUAAUGUAAAGCUAUUGACAUAAAUACCAAUAUAUGUAAAUUGUAAUGCAACUUGUGCCCUUCCCCUCUGUCUUGUUCUUCCUGCGAUGUUGCAUAAGCAUCCGUAUGACAGACAGUAUUACAUUACAAG